UUUGAAUUAUAAUAACCGCGAACUGUGAAUUUGUGAAAUUCAAAGAAAAUAUCUCAGCUUUUGUACACUUAACAUUCUUUAUGUAUUAAAAUGAAGUUCAGGGCUAUCAUGAUCGAUACUGGACCUAUGAGAGAAUUCACAAGUACUAAAUAUUGUGUCUACCAUUUCAAAACUAUCGAAAGAAUGUAUACUAAGGCUGUCUCUAGAUAAGAUGUAUUUCAUAGUGAGCGAGGAUAACAGUGGCCCUGCUCCUCCAAUGUUAUGGUGUGAGAUUCCUCAGGCCAUGUUCUUUUCGGAAUAUCAAAUAGUUGGUGUAGAUGAAGAAUACAAGGAUAUUUACUUAGGAAUUGUUUCAGCUAAUUUAUCAAGAUCAUUAGUAACACUUAAGUCGGCAAAGUGCUUGAAAAUGAAACUUACCAAAAAACAAAUUCCAUGUCUGACAUUAGAAAUUGAAAUGCUGUCAUCAACAUCGCAGGAAACAAGGCAAGUCACCCAUGAUAUCCCAGUUAUAGUUAUUCCAAGAAAGUUAUGGAGCGAAUUCCAAGAGCCUAGAAUACCACAACCAGAUAUAUCAAUAGAACUGCCAGCAUUAAAACAACUCCGCACCACAAUAGAUCGCAUGAAAGCGAUGUCGCCAGAGGUUAUUCUACGAGCCUCAGCAGAAGGCAGACUGACCUUACAAAUAAAGACUGGCGUGGCUAAAGUGUCAACUCGCUUCAAGGAUUUGAGGGUGGAUGCAUUUGAAGGUCCCAUAGAUCACUCAGAUUCGGAAACGGAAACUCAAACAAACGAAGACAUGUCGCGCGUGUGCUUCUGUCGGGUGGACGCUAAAAAGUUCUCAAUGUUCCUAAGUGCGGAUCAAAUAUCACACAAUAGAACGAUUUGUAGCAUUGUGCAUAAGAAAUUGGUGAUUUUGUGCUUGCAGACAGAAGAAAAUGUGAAGUUCCAGUGUUUCAUUAGUGGAAUUGUGUAUUAGGUUACGAAUCUUUGAAAGAAAUAAGUCACCGUGUCUUUAGUAUCGGGAGAUUAAGAAAAUAUUAUUUAAUGGCCGGCUCCGCACGGAUAUCAAAAUUCCUGUUAUAUCCCAAGGGAGCAUUUAAUCAGAAUGAAAAGUAACAUCCAAGCCAGUUCAUAUUCUGUCUGUAUACAAAAUUUCAUCAAAAUCCGUUAAGCAGUUUCAGGGUGAUUGAUGGACAAACAUCCAAACAAACAAACUUUCACAUUUAUUAGGUAUUAGUGUGAUUCAGUGCCUUAUGUCAACACAUGUAGACUCCAUUAAAACUCGCUUUAAACAGACUUGUAUAAAGAUUUUACACUUCAAUUAGUGACAAUUCAAUAAUUUCAUGAGUUUAUUUUAUUAUUCUGAUUGGGAUCGUCGGAAUGGAAUAAUUUACUUACUUAUACUUUGCACAAGCAAAUAAAACAAUAUAGUUGAUUAAAGCGUGUGUUUAGUUUUAAAAUCUACAUAUAUUUAUUUUUGUUACUUUGUCUAAUUGCAGUAUAAUCAGACCAAAGUAUUGUUUUUAUAUAAUUUUUUAGUAUUGUUAAAUGAUUAUAAACCAUAACACAAAUACGUUUAGGUAUGGAUUUAAAAUACUAAACUAAAAAAAGAUUCAGAGUACACUUUAUCACAAAUCUAUAAAUACAUCACAAUUUCAUGAAUUCGGAACUCUCGAAUUAUGUUAUGUAUUUUGGCUGUGUACAUUAGAUGCUUUAUAAUGUGUUAAAUUAUAUAAAAAAUACAA